CUUUGCUCGUGGGUGCUCGUCAUCCCGUAGUGGUCUUUUUUCUCUGCCGCAGGCUCUGUUGUGCUGUGAUCUACACGGGUCGUGGGAGUUGUAGGAAGGAUUCAGGGAGACCCCGGAAACCUAGAAAUGGACUCAGUAGCUUUUGAGGAUGUGGCUGUGAACUUCACCCUGGAAGAGUGGGCUUUACUGGAUCCUUCACAGAAGAAACUACAGAGAUGUGAUGCGGGAAAUCUUCUGGAACCUGGCCUCAGUAGGCCGGGCUAGCGAUCCGGUUUCCUAUCCUUCAAUGACGGUGGUGGCAGUGCCUCGGAGUCUGUCGCGCUGUGACCUGCGGUGGUCGUGGGAGUCAUAGGAAGGAUUCAGAGAGACCCAGGAAACCUAAAAAUGGACUCAGUGACCUUUGAGGAUGUGGCUGUGAACUUCACCCUGGAGGAAUGGGCUUUACUGGAUCCUUCACAGAAGAAACUCUACAGAGAUGUGAUGUGGGAAACGUUGAGGAACCUGGCCUCAGUAGGAGAAAAAUGGGAAGAUCAUGACAUUGAAGAUCAGUACAAAAACCAGGGGAGAAAACUAAGAAGUCAUGUGGUAGAGAGACUCUGUGAAAGUAAAGAGGGUAGUCAGUGUGGAGAAAACUUCAGCCUUAUUCCAAAUCUCAAUCUGAACAAGAAAACUACUGGAGUGAAACCACGUGAAUGCAGUACAUGUGGAAAAGUCUUUACGCGUCAUUCAUCCCUUAAGAGACACAUGAGCUGUCACACUGAACGUAAACCAUAUGAGUAUCAGAAACAUGGAGAGAAGCCAUAUAAAUGUAAGGAAUGUGGUAAAGCCUUUAGCUAUCUCCAAUUUUUGGAGGCACAUGAAAAAAAUCACAAUCGAGAGAAAAAAUAUAAAUGUAAGGAAUGUGGAAAAGCGUUCCAUUCCCGCGCAUCCUUUCAAACACAUGAAAGGAUUCACACAGGAGAAAAACCCUAUGAAUGUAAGGAAUGUGGGGAAGCUUUCAUGUGGAGCACAGCGUUUCGAAGACACAUGGUAACACACACUGGAGAUGCUCCAUAUACUUGUAAGGAAUGUGGGAAAGCUUUUAAUUGUUCCUCUUCAUUGCGAACACAUGAAACAACUCACAGUGAAGAGAAACCCUAUCAGUGUAAACAAUGUGGAAAAUUCCUUAGAUAUUAUCAUACUUUUCGAACACAUGAAAGGACUCAUACAGGAGAGAAACCCUAUGAAUGUAAGCAGUGUGGUAAAGCCUUCAGUUGUCCCAGUUCUUUUCGAAAACAUGAAAGAAUUCAUACUGGGGAAAAGCCUUAUGAAUGUAAGGAAUGUGGGAGAGCCUUCAGAGGUCUCUCAAGCCUUCGAGCACACAUGAUCACUCACACUGGAGAUGGACCUUAUAAAUGUAAGGAAUGUGAGAGAGCCUUCAUUUCUCCUAGUUCUUUUCGAAUACAUCAAAGGAUUCACACUGGAGAGAAACCCUAUGAAUGUAAACAAUGUGGUAAAGCCUUCAGUUACUAUAAUUCCUUACAAUCACACAGAAGAACUCAUACUGGAGAGAAACCCUAUGAAUGCAAGGAAUGUGGGAAAGCCCUCUCCCAUCACCAAACCUUAAAAAUACACAUGAGACUGCACACUGGAGAGAAACCCUAUGAAUGUAAACAAUGUGGUAAAGCCUUCAGAUAUUACCCUUCCUUUCACAAACACAAACAAAUUCAUACUGGAGGGAAACCCUUCGAAUGUGAACAAUGUGGUAAAGCCUUCAGUUAUUACAAUUCCUUACAGUCACACGGAAGAACUCAUACUGGAGAGAAACCCUAUGAAUGCAAGGAAUGUGGGAAAGCCCUCUCCCAUCACCAGACCUUAAGAGUACACAUGAGACUGCACACUGGAGAGAAACCCUAUGAAUGUGAACAAUGUGGUAGAGCUUUCAGAUAUUACACUUCCUUCCAAAAGCACAAAAGAGUUCAUACUGAGAAGAAAUUCUAUGAAUAAGGAAUAUGGAAAAGCCUUUAGUUGAUCAACUUCACUUUGGAAACAUGAAAGAAGCCACACUGGAGAGAAAGCCUGUCAGUGUAAACAAGGCAGGAAAGCCUUCAGAUAUUUUCAAAGUUUGAAAACACAUGAAAGGACUCCCAUAGAAGAGAAACCUUGUAAGCAAUGUGGUAAAUCCUGCAGAGAUUACACUUCAUUAGAAACGCGCAAAAGAACUCAUACUGAAGAGAAACCCUGUGACUGUAAGGAAUGUGGAAAAGCCUUCAGAUGUUAUCAAGAGUUUUUUUUUGAAGAUGUGAAAAAGAUCAGAGUGGAGGGAAUGUGGUAAACCCUUCAUUUGUCACAAACCGUUUGAAGAUGUGUGAGAACACACACUGGAAAGACACCAUAUAAAUGUAAAGAAUGUUGGAAAGCCUUGAGUCAUCCCAAUUCUGAAAGGAUGAAAGGACUCACUGGACAAAAACUCUUGAGUUAAACAGCCUGGGAAAGAUUUCAGUGAGCCUACAUCUUUACAUGUAAAAAAGAAUAUAAAUGUAAGUAAUAUGAGAAAGCUUGAUGGAAAUUAAUCUAUGUGUAACGUUCCAGAGAAUAGGAAAGAUUUGUUAUUAAAGUUGUAAAUAUGUUGUCUUUAUCAAGCCUCUUUUCUUAGAGUGCACCAUUGGACAGUGGAUUUCUAGUAAUUACUCUCAGAAAUGAAUACAAGGUGAGAUGAUUUUAUAAGUCAUAUGUUUCCACAGCAGUACAUAAGAUUAAUAGGUAGUGCUUUUUCUUUAAAUCAGUUAAUAAUAUUUUCUCUUUCCUGUUUGAAACCUGUUGGAUUAUAGGUGAAUUGAAGUGUAUUUCUAAUAAUGAAAUUAGGUUAACAUUGUUUUAUAAUGUUUUAUUUGUUCUGUGUUAAGGGGCCACUGAAAAAUGACAGUUUGGUAUUUGGAUUUUCCUAAUGGCCUUGUGGCAGUUCUUGGAUAUCCUAGUCCAGUAUAUAUAUUUAUCUUUCUUACCGACAAAGCUCCUUUUUGGGGGUGAAGAGUAUAACAGGCUUUUUCCAUUUUCCAUACUAAUAAACAGUUGAAUAAAUACUUAUGUAUGCCUCACUUAUAA